UUUUCUUCCCCAAAUUUUUGGCGCGAAUACAAAAAAGAUGGAAGAAGAUCCAUUUGACUUCGAAUCCGAUAUCCUGUUGGCAACGUCACCCGUGGUUGCUCCAAAACGACGGAAGAAGGUGAUCGGUUUGGAUGAUCUGUUGGCAGAUCACCAUGAAGAGAAGAACAAGGCGGUUGAGAGAGAAAGGAAAUUGGCCAGAGGUAAAAGUAGAUCUAUCAUAGAUCACGACGAGGACGAAGAAGAUGGUAGAGUUGCUAAACUCUCCAAAUAUGUCAACGAAUGUCACGAAAAGAUGACUCAGUUGAGCGAUGAAGACGAUGUAUUCAAUUGGGGUCUUCUUGUUUUUGGGGAGCAGAAAGCCUUUCCGUCAUAUGCAUUUAGCAAUGUUCAUUGUUGCUCACUUUUCCAUUCUAUUAUGAGUCAUGAAGUGAAUACACUUGUUGAAUUAUCUUCAGAAUCGGGAGAAAUCUUUUUUGAAGGAUUGUUAGCUGAUGGGUGGUUAUUGACAUCGGUUUGCAAAUGUGGUGAAGUAGAUGAAUCCAUUGCGAAAUGGACUUUUCACUUGAUGCUGUAUUCAUCAAAAGAAGUGCUCAGAAGGGCUGCAGUAGAUUUUUGGUGUGCAAUCUUAUUACUAAAAAAUGAGGAUGGUUCAAAGUCUUUAAGGAUUGACUGGCUACCAGGCUAUCCAGAACUUAAAGGUGCUCUGGAACGUUAUGGUUUCCUAUUCGAUGAACCUACUCAAGGCUCUUCUGAUAUUGAAAUGGAUGUUGAAGAUUCCGAGUCCAUGGGACCUCCUCAUAAUAUUAGAGCAUGGAUCAAGUAUGUAGCUGCUUGUAGCCAAGCAAGGGAUAUGCAUGUUAUCUUCUCCCCAUCAGAUUCUACGGAGCUAAUUGCUGUUAUAAUAUGUCUCUUAUUAGACCGACAACUAAUAGGCAUUACUAUAGAUCUUAGUGAAUGCUUGUUAGCUUUAGUCAAUUUUUUCACAGAUGAAGAGUGGAGAUCCUACUGUACAGUAGCUGCCAGAUCUGUUGCCUUAAGGGUCCCAAAGGAUAUCAAUAGCCUGAGAGCUGUUGAGUGCAUUCCUGCAGUUUGUGGGCGCACCAAACUACUCAGAAGUACCGUUGCGUUCCAAGUUCUUCUUUCUUACUUUGACGAGGCAGAGGAUGAAGUGGAGUUGAUGAGGCAGUUGAGCUUGUUCAAUUUGAAAGACAAAGACUGUGAUCUUUUCAAAAUAUACAUUUUCAUGGUGCUGACGGAGAAUUGGUUUCUGUAUAACUCUGUGCCAAAACACAAACCGUUGCUGAAUGAGAUGUGGGGUCUGUAUCUUCGCAACUGCUCUUGCCAAAUCAACAUCACAGACACGAGGUCUUAUGCUUCAAAGGUCCGCAGUAGAGCUUCUUAUCUUUUGCAAGGCACCAGCGACAGAUUAUUGUAGCUUUCGCUAUGCUAAUACACACAGUAUGUUCAUCUUUUGAUGUGGGUUGGUGUCUGCUUUACCACCAUGUAUUUAGAAAUGGCUUGAUUGUAGUUGUGUCUGAUUUAUAUUUGUCUAGUACAACAAAUUUUGUAAAUGGCAAAAAGCCUGAAACUGUAAAUUUGUAUGGGUAGUUUUGGUAACAUCAUUGGUGGUUCGUACUAAAAUGUCUAUUGAUUUUGAA